GGAUGGUGGGUGGGUAGGUGGGUUUGGCGUGAGAGUGAAAUUUGCGGAUGAGUCGGUUGAGUGUGCGAGCGAGUCGGUGGUUGAGUUGGGUGUACAGCGAGCGAGUCAAUGAGCAUGGUGAAUGAGCGAGCCGCUUCCCCGUCCGUCUUCUCCCCUUUACCUCCAACCACCGACGCCGCCACCACAUCCAACAGCAGCAUCAGCAGCGGCAAGCAAGCGGCAGUACCAUCAUCAGCAGCAGUAGCAGCAGCAGCAGCCGCCACUGCUGCUGCUACCGGCUGCUCCCGCUGAGGCUCAGGGAGUCGCCAUGCCCGGGCGAUUCGGCCUCCUGGCGGCUCUUCUGCUGGUGGGAGCGAUGCUCUUCGUGGAGCAUCAGAUCAGGAAGCUGGAGCAGGCGAGGGCCAAGCUGGAACGCGUGAUCGCGCGGCGAGAGGCGCAGAGCUCCGAGUCUCAACUCGCCGCCGAACAUCGGCAGCUUCAGCAGCCGCAGCGGCUACUCCUGCCGCCGACGCAACCCGAGGCGGCCCUGGCGGCUGCGGCAGCUGCGGCCUCCGCACCCGCCCAGCCGCCUGCUGACGACAACAACGACGUGGUGAUCGUGUACAACCGCGUGCCGAAAACGGGCAGCACUUCCUUCACCAACGUGGCGUACGACCUGUGCGGGCGCAACUCGUUCCACGUGCUGCACAUCAACACCACGCGCAACAGCCCCAUCAUGUCUCUGCACGACCAGGCCAAGUUCGUGAGCAACGUCACGACGUGGAAAGAAAUGAAGCCGGGCUUCUAUCACGGCCAUCUGUCCUUCAUUGACUUCACCAAGUUCGGCGUCAACAGGAAGCCAAUCUACAUCAACGUGGUGCGCGAUCCUAUCGAGCGUCUUAUCUCCUACUACUACUUCCUGCGCUUCGGGGACGACUACAGACCGGGCCUGCGGCGGCGCAAGCAAGGCGACAAGAAGACGUUUGACGAGUGCGUGCGCGAGGGCGGCUCUGACUGCUCGGCGGAAAAACUCUGGCUCCAGAUUCCCUUCUUCUGUGGCCACAGCUCGGAGUGCUGGAACCCGGGCAACCGCUGGGCCCUGGAGCAGGCCAAGACGAACCUUCUGAGCGAGUAUCUCCUCGUGGGUGUCACCGAGGAGCUGGAGGACUUCAUCAUGCUGCUCGAGGCCGCGCUCCCACGCUUCUUCAAGGGCGCCACGUCGCACUACCGCAGCGGGAAGCGGUCGCACCUGCGACGCACCGUGGAGAAGAAGCCCCCAAGCAGGGAGUCGAUCCAGCGGCUGCAGCAGUCGCGCGCGUGGCAGAUGGAGAAGGAAUUCUACGAGUUUGUGCUCGAGCAGUUUCAGUUCGUGCGCGCGCACGCGGUGCUUGAGCGCGGCGGGGAGCUCUUCCCGCUCGCGCAGAACUACUUCUACGAGAAGAUCUACCCGCGCCACCGAGAAUUCCACGGUGACAGAAGAAAAGCGGCGGUAUUGCAGCAGCAGCAGCAGCAGCCACUGCCGCCGCUGCCGUAGAGAGAGGGCCUAUCGCGGGCCAGGGGCCGCGGGGCGAGUAGACGGCCCUCGGGAGGCCCCCCGGAGGCCCACGACGGCGGCUCAGGUGGUGUGCUGGGGGGUGGGAGUUUGGCCCUCGAAGUGACCUCCACACCCCCCCCCCCCACCACGUCCUCAGGGCCAGGCGGUGGUUGUGCACUCCUCUCGUAGCUGGAAACCAAAAAAAAAACGUACAGAAGUGGGACAUGAACAAAAAACGUAUUGAAGAUAUAUGUAGAUACCGUGUAUGUAUAUGGCGACGCUGGAUGGAUACGAAUGCGAAGGACAGCGGUUGUAUGAAGUGAGAUGGGGGAAACAGACAGAUGGCCAACGCCGGUUACAAGCGGCCCUUGGACAUGUGUCGAGGAGCGUCCGCGCGCUACUCCUGGGGCCCCCCACCCCCUCCUAAAGCGCGCAAUCACAAACAGACCCCAUAACAUUCAUCCUUCGACCUAUACCGGGCCACAACUACACAGAUUCAACGCUGUUUAUAUACGUAUACUGUAUAUAUAUAAAGACAGAAGGGAACAAACUAUUACAACAACAACAUCAACAACAACAACAACAACAAAAACAACAACAACAACAUCAACAACAACAACA